CUGAAUUUAUGCCAAGCCCUCCCAGAGUUUAAAUUCUGCCAUGAAUUUUCACGCUAAACAGGGGAUACCAAGCUUGAAUGCAAGCCGACAGUCUGCCGACACGGGUUCUGAAUUCAAAGGGGCUCCAUAUCAAUAGUGCACUAGAACAGAGUAUUUUAAUACGACGCGCACUCUUUAUUAUGAUUAUUAUUUAUUAUUUGCAUUUACCCUUUAUUCGCCAUUUCAAUUUUAUUCCAUCACGUCCUUUUAUUCCGUCAUCAUCCCCUCUCCUUUCCCUCAUCACCCUAUCCAUCUUCAUCAGGAGGCCUGAUCGUAUUGGCUAACUGUCAUCAUGUCGUAUCAACGCCCCCAAGAUGCCUAUAUGCAUUCAAAUGCAUCUGAAUACGAUCAACGUUAUCAACAAGGCUCUUAUCAAGAUGAACCACACCAAAAUGCUGCCGAUUACUAUUCUUCAAACCAAUACAGAUCUGAUUCUCCAGCAAACAUGCAAUCAAAAGGAUCAGAAAUCGGCUCAAACUACGGCGAUCACCAAUACGUAGACUUUAGCCAACAAGGUAGCUACAACCAACAACCAUAUGGUGCCGGUGGCGCAGGUGCAGCAGGCUAUGGAGCAGGUCAAGGAGCAGCAUACAAGGAUUACAGCUCUUCAGCUCAUAAUUUAACGGGAGGUGCACCAGCUGCAAAUGCACAAAAAUACUCUUAUGCACCAAGUAAGAAACCCGUUUCAAAAUGGAUCAAGAUUGGUAUUCCCGUCGUUCUUAUCAUUAUUGCCAUUGGUGUCGGUGUUGGAUUGGGUAUCGGUUUGACACGUGGCGACAGUUCCGCGCAUUCCAGUACAACAGCAACCAACGGUCUUUCUGGAGCAACCAGUGGAAAUGAACCCUCUUAUUACCCCGAAAAUGUCCUUAACGCUGCCUCUGCUGCUGCCAAGAGCGGUGGCGGUGAUGAUUUGACAUACCAAGGAACUGAUUUAUACGGUAACCCAUCUUUCAAAAGCUCAGCAAACACUGCAGCUGCAACUCUGAACUCUGCAGCAAUCGGUAACUGUGCUGCUGAUAACUUCAAUGGAUCAUUGACCAACUUGCGACCCCACCCUAGAAUUAUGACUACUGCUGCCGAAUGGGACUGCUUGCCAAACAAGAUUGCAAAUGAUGCAUACUUGACUGUAUGGAAUUACACUAUCUUCCAAAAUGCUUCUGCAUGGUAUGCAAUGCCUCCAACCAAGUACGUUACAGAUGGUGGUAUUGCCGGUUCUGGUAUCUUGGAUCCUGCUCGUGAAGUGCAACUCCGUGUCAAAACAUUCGCUUAUGCUUAUCAUCUUUCUGGUAAUGACACCAAAUGGCGUGACCGUGCUUGGGAUGAAUUGUAUGCUGCCUCUGGUAAUGACUCCGCAAAUCCAUGGGGAGCAGGCAACCCACCUACUCAAGUUUGGAACCCUACCCAUUUCUUGGAUUUGGCUGAAUUGACUGCCGCAUUUGCUAUCGGAUAUGAUUGGUUGUAUUACGCAUGGACUCCUCAACAACGCACAGCUUUGGCAUGGUCUAUUGUCACACAAGGUCUUCAAAAUGGUGUCCAAGCAUACCAACCGAAGAACGAAUGGAGUUGGUGGCAAACAACAAACGGAAACUGGAACUGUGUAUGUAACUCUGGUUUAUUAUUGGGUGCUUUGGCUCUCGGUAGUGAAGAUCCAUCAGGAACCGCUGCAACAAACAUUAUCGCCAACACAAUUCCCAACAUGAAGGGAAAUUGUAUGCAAGCUGUUUACGAUGAUGGUACUUGGACUGAAACCGCAAACUACUGGUACUUCGGAACGGAUGCUUUGGCACGAGCAUACUCUGCAUUGAUGACUGCAACAGGUAGCGAUCAAGGAUUGAUGGCAUCAAACCCUAACUGGCCCAAGACUGGAGACUUCCACAUGUACGUCUCUGGUAACGCUGGUAUGUUCUACUACGGUGACAAUGGACCAAACAAGUACUCCACCAACGCAAACGGAAUGUUCUUGUGGGGUACGAUUGCACAAAACCCUUCUUAUGCUCUCUUCCAACGUGAUCGCGCUGAUGCACCUGAUCCAUUAAGCAUGUUCUGGUACGACACUCGCACAAAGGGAGGAUUCUGGAACGGUCAAGCUCUUGAUCAAUACUUUAACAAUGACGCGGGAACUUGGGGCUCCAUGCGUUCUUCUUGGACUGAUUUCUCUGGUACUUAUGUCGCAAUGAAAUCUUCCAACGCAACUGGACAUCAAACACACGGAGAUUUGGACGCAGGAGAUUUCGUAAUUGACGCACUCGGUACCCGUUGGGCAGGUGAAUUCGGUAGCGCAAACUACUUGAGCACAGACUACUUUAAAUCAGAAGCACAAGACGCAGUCAGAUGGGAAUACUACCGUAAAGGUACACAAGGUCAAAACACUAUUGUUUUGAACAAAGCAAACCAAGCUGCAAGCUGCAAGCCAGUCAACACCUUCUUAAGCACAAACACAACACAAUCCGGUGAUAUCACCUUCACACCUGCUUCCACUGAUACAGCUCUCUUUGUUACAGAUAUGAGUUCUUGUUACAACACAUCAGCAUCAACGGUUGUGCGUGGUAUCCGUUUCUUGAACGGACGUCGUCAAGUUUUGUUGCGUGAUGAAAUCGCUUCAAAUAGCGCUAUUACCGACAUUAACUGGCGUGUUCACACCAACGCAACUAUCACCCUCUCUUCUGAUAAGAAAACGGCAACAUUGACCCUUCAAAAGCUCAUUGACCCUAACGCAUACGGAGGAGAUUAUCAAACCGGACCAAGCACAUUGACCGCCUCUUUGCCAGAACAACAAACAAUGGUUGUCCAGAUCACUCAACCUUCAAAUGCACAAUUCGCUGUCAUCAAACCUGAUGAAACAAGAUUGUACGGUACCGAUCCAAACACUGCUCCAGGAGAACAAGGUGAUCAACCAAACCCAACUGUUUCAUUGUUGUACAUCGAAUUACCAGGUGGUUCGCAAACAACGAUUGAAACAAUUUGGCAACCCAAAUGGCCCAAGGCUCAAUCCGGUGAUGAUGCAGCACCAAAGGAAGUUCCAUUGAACCAAUGGUCAUUGACAAGUCACAACUAAAAACUCACUAUAUAAUGGACAUUUGACGUGAAAAUAUUGCUCUUUUCGCGUACACAGUUUGCGAGCACAAUCAUUUUUUUCUUUUUCUAUCUCCCUUUUGUCCUUCUCAGCACGAUUUAUUUUUUCUUCAGAUUUUCCUAUACAAACAAACAAGUCAACAAACUUUCGUUGUUUGAGAUAAAAUAAAAUCGACUUUCUUUUUUUUUCUCUUUCAAUGCACCCUCACUCUCUUUCUAUAUUUUGUACACAGGUCUGUGCUUUUCUUGCCUCACUAUAUAUAAUAAUGCCAUCUUUCAGCACUCUUUGUUUAUGUGAUAAUGCGGGUUUGAAAAGUCCAUUGAG